AUUUGAAAGAAAAAUAUUAGUUGCAGUGUUUCCUCGAAGUGCUGUUUUAUUUGUGAUCACCAUGCAGCUAUGGUUUUUCAGUUUAUAAUCUUUAUGACCGAACCAGUUACAGUUUAUGGCACUGUAAAAAGAAGUGGAUCUUAAAGAAACAAAAAAACAAAAAAAAACUUUCUGCUGCAAACUUCAGUUACCUUGUAUAUUUCAUUUACAAAGAUUAGGUAAAUAGGAAUCACACUGCUAAUUGUGCUGUCAGUUUGGGAUACCCAGUUGUCUCUUUUUUCCACUAUAGCCCCUGUGCUAGAAAUGCCAGAUCAUAUGAAAUCUUGAUUUUAGAAUAUCAAGCUGAUUCCUCCCACAUCCUAAAACAUGAUGCUUUAAAACCCAAUCAUUGUUAUUGGAGUCCAGUUGUUUCAUUCAGCAGUUCUGAUAACAAUAUUCAGCAAAUAUAUACAUAUACAUAUAUCAACUGCAUUUUCUUUUUGCGAAUACAGACUAACACGGCUGUUCCUCUGAAACCUAUCAAUUUUAGAGAGGUUUCUGCUAUGUAUAAGCUUGAUGCCUUUGUGACAAUAUAGAUAUGGAGCUAUAGCGAUAUCCAUCCAGUUUAUACUAUACAUUUUGGGGUAGUUUUGUGAUAUGUACAACCUCCUUUCAUAGUAGUCACAAAGGCAUCAAGCUUAUUCGCUGCAGAAACAAAGUUUAGGGAGUACUCCACUUUUUUGUUCUUUUAUUGAAACAGCUCUUUGUUUCGAAGCAAUAAACUUGCUUAAUUAAACUUCAUUCAGCUAUAAUACAUUUUAAGUAUAAACCCUCAUUCAGAAAUGUGCUGUUUCAACCUGCUGCUAAAUAUUGCUGAUAUUUAUAAACAUUACAUUCAUUUCUCCUAAACAAAAGACUAAUUCUCAGUAGUUUAAUUUUAGGACGCUGCUUCAUCAGUGGUAAAUUUAGUUCUUCACAAAGGCUUGAAAAAAACCACAGCUCACAUUGGAAGGUAAAGCCUUGGUUGCAACUUGGGUUUUUAAAAACAGGUCAAAUUCUUUGCUGUAGAACUGACUGCUGCAGAGUGAGGAUUUUAGAUAAUAGAGGUUCAAGUAUCUUCCAACAUAAGUUAAAAAAAAAAAAAGAUACUGGUCUUAUUUCAUGCGACUCAUUUUAUAUUUACCCUGAUGGGGUCAUUACAAAGACACAUACACUUGAUGUGAUUAGCAGUCUCUGCUCAAGAGGGAGCUAGAUGUGAAAUGAAAGUUUUUGUAAUCUACAGGGAAAUGCACUGAGUGAGCUUGUUCAACACCUAUGUCAUACUAUGCUGCCUCUAGCAGUAACUAUUAGCUCUUCACUUUCCUCUGCACUAAAUUUACACAAAUCCACUUAAAAUUUGGUUUUCUUUGAUAUGUAAUUAUUAAAACUUCAUCUCAAGUGGGAUAUAAAGGAGUUUCUACUGUAUGUAAAAUACCAAGUCAUCCAGAAGCACUUUUGUAAUAUUGUAGAGUUUAUUCAAGUCUUAAUGGUUUUGCUUUGGAGGAGCAUAUUGUUUUAUUGUUCAGUUCAGCGAUGCUGAUUGUAAAUACUUAAUUACAUUCCUUUUCUUUCACUGAUUUUGGCUCAUUAGUAUAUGACACAAGUUAGAAGUUUAAAUAAUAAUACCCAUUCUAUUAAUAUAUCUUUUCUAAGCUUUGUGUACCAUGCCCUGCUUGUUAAUGGAAUUACAUACGUAUGUGCUACAAACAACACCAUAGACAGCACAGGACCAUUUGCCUUUCUUAUAGAGAUUUGCAAGGCUUUCAUUGGUAGCCCCUUGAUAUCGCAAGUGACGUUUGCUCAUCCUUUUGAAUUCAAUGCAGAUUUUCAACAAGUGCUGGGGAAAUAUAUGAUGGAGUACAAUAGGAAGUCAGGUGAUAUUACAAUUUCUACACUGCAAAUUCAAGUUGAUGAUGUCAAAAAUGUUAUGACCGAAAAUAUUGAUAAGGUUUUGCAAAGAGAAGAAAACCUGAGUGAGCUUGUUGACAGAACAGAUGAUCUCCAAAUAGCGGCUGAUACUUUCCAAAAAAACACCACAAAGAUUUCCAGGAAGAUGUGGUGGAAAAACGCCAAAAUGAUGAUAAUUAUUGGAGUUGUUCUCCUUAUUAUUUUAACAUUUAUCAUUCUCCUAGCGACAGGUGUUAUUCCAACAUAAACUUUUGAAUAUUUUUUUGCCCAACAUGAAAAUUUUAUAAAUUUUAUUUAAAAAUUAUUCUAGAGCACAAAUAUUUGUUAUUUUGUAUAUUGUUCAAGAACUACUGAACCAUUAACACCUGGUUGCUUGCAUUCUUUAAAGUAAUAAAGUAAACUACAGUAUUUUCAUCCAAAGGGAGUGUGUGUGGUAUCGUUUUCUCCACUCUUGAUGUAGUGAAACGGAUGCAGAGAGGUUAAGUGAUGUUUAAACCACAUGCUGUAAUAAUGGAUUGCUUAACUAUUAGCUCAUAUACAUACAUGAGUAAUUGAGAAUUUUGAAUGAGUGUCAUAACUCUUCCCUGGCUAUA